AUGUUAUCCCUCAGAAUAAUCCAGCACCUGGAAAAAACUCUCCAGGACAGGGUUUCCCUGAAAGAUCGGGAAGUGAGUGAGCUGAAGGCUCGUAUGACUGAUCUACAAUCAGAAAAGACACAGGAGAGUACUGAGGCUGCAGCUAAGAUCAGAGAGCUGGAGGUACGUCUGGUAGAUCAGGCGGCAAACACACGGCACAGAAUUUCCCAGAAAGAUCAGGAAAUUGAAUCCCUGACGGCUCGUGUGGCUGAACUGGAAGCUGAAAAGAAAGGAUUUGAUAAGGCCAGACCAAACAUGCUCUCUCAAACUCUGCAAGCCAAAAAUGUCCUGAUCGACCCAAGGCCUAUCCUUCAGGAAAUACAGAAGAUCAGAAAAAGUAAUGAUGAGAGAAUGGCUCAUCAGCAGGAAAUGGUCAGAAAGCUGCGGAAGCAGGUGGAGGCUAACAAAGGGUUUGUGAAGCAGCUAAAGCAGGACCUAACUGAGCAGAUUGAGCCACAUGGAAAAGUGCUCAAAGAUACCCUUGACAAAAAUCAUAAAGAGGCAGUCCAGAAGGCGGCUGAAGUGCCCCAGAUUCUACUAAACGGCGUGCCACUGCUAGAUGCUAAAGAGCAGGAGGAGGAACACCAGAAGGUGGCUGAAGUGCCCCAGAUUCUACUAAACGGCGUGCCACUGCUAGACGCUGACGAGCACGAGGAGGCAGCCCAGAAGGCGGCUGAAGUGCCCCAGAUUCUACUAAACGGCGUGCCACUGCUAGACGCUGAAGAGCACGAGGAGGCAGCCCAGAAGGCAGCUGAAGUGCCCCAGAUUCUACUAAACGGCGUGCCACUGCUAGAUGCUGAAGAGCAGGAGGAGGCAGCCCAGAAGGCGGCUGAAGUGCCCCAGAUUCUGAUAAACGGCGUGCCACUGCUAGAUGCUGAAGAGCAGGAGGAGGCAGCCCAGAAGGCGGCUGAAGUGCCCCAGAUUCUGAUAAACGGCGUGCCACUGCUAGAUGCUGAAGAGCAGGAGGAGGCAGUCCAGAAGGCGGCUGAAGUGCCCCAGAUUCUACUGAACGGCAUGCCACUGCUAGAUGCUGAAGAGCAUGAGGAGGCAGUCCAGAAGGCGGCUGAAGUGCCCCGGAUUCUGAUAAACGGCGUGCCACUGCUAGACGCUGAAGAGCACGAGGAGGCAGUCCAGAAGGCGGCUGAAGUGCCCCAGAUUCUGAUAAACGGCGUGCCACUGCUAGAUGCUGAAGAGCAGGAGGAGGCAGACCAGAAGGCGGCUGAAGUGCCCCAGAUUCUACUGAACGGCGUGCCACUGCUAGAUGCUGAAGAGCUGGAUAAGGUGGAGAAGAAGGCAGCUAGUAUGCCACAACAGUUUCUUAGUGGAUUCUCUCUGCCAAAUGAUGGAAACAGUGAAAGGUCAGAUAUUCCACACUGCAUUCCGGAGUCUCCUACAAAUGAAAGCGAAAAGGAAGAAGACACAUUCGGAAUGGGACUUGCCAGUCAACAGAAUACUAGCCUGUCUGCAGGUGAUGCAAGCAUAGAAACAACCCUAACUACUGUACAACAGCCGCUACGCAUCCCAGAGUUCUUCGUUGUGCACAAUUUCCCCCGAAGUCUUGUGGCCCACCGACUUCCUCCGAACUGUACUAUGGACCCAGUGCCGCUCCAGGUCCACUUUGUACCCAAUGAUGGUUGUGCUUCAGGAGAAAUCUAUUACGACCUUGACUCUUGGGCUGAUGCGUUCGAAGCUGCUAUGGAUGCCAUGGACUCUGGACUAGGUGAUUUCCACUGUGCGAGUCCUUACCCUGCCCGCAAGUCAGCGUCCUUCCCGGCACAGGCCUGUUCAACACACGUUCUGGAUGACUGGCUAAAGCCUUUUGACCCGAGGCAGAGGGAUUCCAUUAUAUCCAGGGCAUCAUUGAAGGAUCUGCCAACUAAGUCUGAAGUCGGUAGCGGAGACAUGAAACCACAGAGUCCUGGAGCACCAUCCUCCUGGUGGAAACCAGAGAAGCCUACCAAGUACCAAGAGUUCGGAGAGCCGAGUAUGAGCCUCCUGGACUUUACAGCAGCUGAUGAACCUCGUGGACUUGAAGUCCUGAUCGAGAAAAAAGCACCAAGUCAGUUUUGGUGUGCACCACCAGCCUUGGUAAGAGGAGAUGAGUCCCGAGGACUGGAACUUGUGCUGGAGGGUUCAAAUGAUUCCCAGGCCGUACAGCAGAAGGCAUUGCAGAGAUAUGAACUCACCAAGAUGGCCGCCGUGUCGGGCCAAGAGAUGAGCCACUCCACCAUUAGCAUGCAGGUCAACACGUCUCCAGCGACUGAGGGAGAGGACACUGUCCGAGACGACCCUGUUACAUUCGAGCCUUGUUUCUUGUUGGCACUGCUAACCCACAGGAUCAAGAGAGGCUACAGACUCAGCACUGUGCUAUACUGA